CAAGGCAAAUACAGAGCUCUAAUGGAAGCAAGCAGCAGAGUGACGGUGCAGGUGUUGUUGUUGGCGUUGGUGGUUCAGGUCACCCUGUCCCAGCACUGGUCCUAUGGAUGGCUACCAGGUGGAAAGAGAAGUGUGGGAGAGCUGGAGGCAACCAUCCGCAUGAUGGGCACAGGAGGUGUGGUGUCUCUUCCUGAAGAGGCGAGUGCCCAAACCCAAGAGGGACUUAGACCAUACAAUGUUAUUAAUGAUGAUUCCAGUCAUUUCGACCGAAAGAAAAGGUUCCCUCAUAAAUGAAGAGCUGCCAAAAAAAAGAAGAGAAAUACACUGUAUUUGCAUUACCAUCAACAACAAUGAUGAAUAUCUGAGUGCAGGAUGCUAAUCUCUAUAAAUUGUCACAUUUAUUGCACAGAUGUCAAUUAUAUGUAUGUGUGUAACAUUUAAAUUCAUGUAAAAUUUGAAUAAAGUUUUU